AUGAGUCUGGAUACUGGUCUUAUUUCCAUAGACCAGGAAAAGGCUUUUGACCGGGUUGAACAUCAGUAUUUGUGGCAGAAGCUCAGUGCUUUUGGCUUCAGCCCAGGUUUCAUAGCUCAGAUUCAGGUCCUGGACCGAGACAUUGUGAGUAUAUUGAAGGUUAAUGGUGGUUUGGCUGCACCUUUUAAUGAGCAGAGAGGGGUACGGCAGGGGUGCUCUCUGUCAGAUUCUCUGUUCCUAAUGGAUGUGAGGAAGCUGAGUGUCCAGACUUUGCCUCCUUUCUAUCGAGGCGUGUUCACCGUGUGGAAGCUGUUGGUUAAGGAGAGACGGCUGCAAGGUGACUCCUUACACUGGCUGCUGCAGGAACCGGUGGUGUACGGGGAACGGUUGGAUUACCCCUGCUGGGCUGGUUCAGCCAUCACGGACGCGUUCUGCAGAGCACGGGUGCUCACGCUGGGGACGGUGGUGGACAUCACAGGACCAAAACUAGACAAUGCUGCUGCUUUGGCAGCUGUUCUGGGGGUGAGAUCAGUCAGGAUCAUCACCAAACUGUUGGACCACUGGAAGAACAAACUGUCCCGACAUGAAUCCAUCAUGUUGGAGCAAUAUACUGGUGGUCUGACCACAUCUCAGCCUGAUGAUUCCUUCCCUGGUUUAUGUGUCCGUCCAUGUCUGGAUCACUAUGGUGGUCGUUUUUUAGAUGUACAGCACUGCACUUUAGAGAUGAAAGAGAAAGUGUUCAGUAAGGUAGGGGAGGUCUUCUCCAAACACAUGUUCAUCCUGGGGUUCAGGACCCAGAAGAAACCAGAGUCUCCUGAACCUGAACCUGAACCUGAACCCAGCUGUGUGUCCCUUAAGAGCAACCGGUCACAUCAAGGCCUCAUUGACUUUAAAGGAGAGCAACCCUCUGUUGAAAAGAGGAUCCAUCAAAGACCAGACUCUGCUGAACCUGAACCCAGCUGUGUGUCCUUCAAGAGCGACCGGUCACAUCAAGGCCUCAUUGACUUUAAAGGUCAGCAACCCUCUGCUGAAAAGAGUGGGCUGCUGGAGGAGAACAUCGGCACGUUUGUGAAGAAUGAGCUGAAGAAGAUCCAGAAGACCAAUCAGACUCUCCUACGAGGUUUGAUGACACAGACAGGAAGUAGCUCAGAGACCUAUCAGGAGACAGUUGAGUACAUCAAGAGGAAGUUCAACUGA